AUGGACUUUGAAAGUCGGAUCAAGGCGUACAAAUUUGUCGCCUAUUCGGCGGUGACCUUCUCCGUGGUCGCCGUCCUCUCCGUAUGCGUGACUUUGCCCAUGGUCUACAACUAUGUCCAUCAUGUGCGCUCGCAAAUGCACAGUGAGAUCAACUUUUGCAAAGUGAGUUUCUUGCUCUACAGUAGCUUAUAGGGUAUUUCAUAGCACUCGCUGCGGCUUAGAACCGGUUUCUCGCGCGCUAAUGUCCCAGAAAAUGCGACGCCGAACUUUCUUUCCGCAGCUAAUGCCUUUUUGGAGGUAUUUUUUGACCACCGGAUUUGAAUAUCCCGCAGCGAAGUAGCCAUAAAACUUUUUCGCGACCGUAAAACCGGAUUCUUAGAGGAUAAAAUGAGAUGGUAUUUAUAUUGCAUCACGGCUUUUAACCCCGCGAAUUUCAGGGAUCAGCACAAGACAUCUGGAAAGAAGUCCACAAUCUCAAAAAUCUCCCAGUAGCCAAUAAUCGUACAGCUCGUCAAGCCGGCUACGAUCAAGCUGUUGAGUCGUCCAGCUCUUCCAACAGCGGCACCUGCGAGGGAUGCUGCAUUCCCGGCCCACCAGGACCAGCCGGCGCACCCGGUCGUCCCGGAAAGCCCGGAAAACCGGGUGCUCCCGGUUUGCCCGGCGCCCCAGGCCGCCCACCAACUCAGCCUUGCGAACCAGUCACCCCACCACCUUGCAAACCAUGCCCACAAGGUCCGCCUGGCCCACCCGGACCUCCAGGCCCACCGGGAGACGCGGGAUCGCCAGGACAGCCGGGAAGACCAGGAGUUGAUGCCCCACCCGGAGAACCCGGACCAAAAGGACCACCUGGCCCACCAGGAGAACCCGGAUUGCCCGGACCACCCGGAGAGCCUGGACAGCCCGCUCACAGUGAGCCUUUGGUGCCUGGAGAACCUGGACCAGCUGGUAAGUAAAAUCGAUAAUGUUGCGAAAUGACACAAAUUUUGACAUUGCGCAAUUUCACUAGUUUUCCAUUUUUUGUUGAUGUUCGGCCGUAAAGAACAAUUGGGAAUUAUAAUAGAACCUAUGAAGAUGUAAAAUCGACUAUGUUGCGAAGUGUCACAAAGUGUGACAUUCCGCAACAUUAUUGAUUUUACAUUGUAAUUGGCGUAAAAUUGUAAAAACUAUUUAUAACUUUUAAUUACAACCUAAAAAACACACAAUCGUGCUUCAGAGAGAAUUUUAAAAAAUGUGACAUUUCGUCAAAAUAUUGAUUUUUUUAAUUUUUCGACCUCUGUGAGUUAAAUAAUUUCAAUUUUCAGGAGAACCCGGACCACCAGGACCCCCUGGCCCAGUCGGUCAACCCGGAGCCCCUGGCGCACCCGGCGCCCCAGGACCUAAAGGACCCAAUGGACCCGACGGACCACCCGGAAAUGACGGACAGCCCGGCGCUCAAGGACCUCCCGGCCCACCUGGCGCUCCAGGAGAGAAGGGAAUCUGUCCCAAGUACUGUGCUAUUGAUGGUGGUGUCUUCUUUGAGGAUGGAACUCGGCGAUAA